GAAGAGCGUCGCGCCCCCAUCCCCUCCUCCCCGUGGCGGCGGCGGCGGCGGCGAGCCGGCGACUUCCCGCCGCCAUGUCGGCCUGCGGCUACCACUCCCCGCGCUUCUCCGAGGACAUUGCCUUUCUCCCUCAAUGGCUACAGCCGCAUCGGCCGCUGGCGGUUGGCGAGCACGGGAAGGACAGCGCCGCCGUUUCGUCGCCGUCUUGUGUGAAUUGCGCGUUUAUCGGAGGCCCUGCACAAGAGCAACAUAGUUGUCUGAACACCAUGGUGAAUGCUGCUAGUUGCAGUGGGUUUAGCUUGCACUUGUCGGGGGAUGAGGGCACGCCUACUGGAACUACUCCUAGCAAUGGCAAUGUAGUGCCUUUCUCUCUGCAUCUUUCUUCAGAAAGUACUUCAAAACUAUCCUCAACUCAAGCCAAUGGUCUAAACUCUGUUACAUGCAAAGAUGUGUUAGGUGGCUUUUGUAUUGAUGACCAAGCACAAGAGAUCAAGACAGUGCCGCAAAAUCAAUCGGAAGCCAAAGACCUUCGAGAAAUUUGUAAAAUGUCUAGCGAGGAAAUCAAUAAAACAUGUGAUUCAAAAGGACAUAGAAGACAGCAACUGUCUGGACGAAAGGUUGAUGUUCGGAAACUCCGUAGCGCGGAUGUGAAUGAUGCAGUUGAACUAUCAAUCGCUGCCUCUGAAGCCAUGGUUAUUGCGGAAAUGAUACUUCUUGAUUCUCAGUCUGAUAAACUAGCUACAGCUUCCUUAGAAGCUGCUCUACAUGUGAAAGAAGCUCGGAAACAGUGUUUUCUUGAGGAGCUAGAACAUUCUUGUGGAUCCUCUGAAAGUGAUCUGGAUGAGACUGAUAGGCUUUCAGAAUUAGAUGAGACUGAAAUGCUCGAUGCAUUUCAAGAUGUUGGCCUAUCUCUUGUUCAAACUGCUUGUGCAUCUCAAGGUCAGAACAUAAGUGGCCUGAAACAGGAAAUCUCUCACGCUAGUUCUCACCCUUGUGAUGCAGAAGCUCACGUAUUAGAGAGCUCUCCUGAGAAGCAAAAUAUUAGAUGGAACAGCCAUGAUGCUGAUACUAAUGACCAUGUAUCUGAUUCUUUAGCAAGUCACAAUAAGGAAGGUGGAGUAGUUGCUGUGCAGACAAAUGUUGGUACAAGGAAGCAUGUAAAGGGAUUAUUCAAUAAAGAAACUAGCUUCAUUUCUGAGUCAAUGGAUGGCAUGGAUGAGUUCCCUUCUCCAUCUAGAAUUGCUUCCAUGGAAAUGGCUGCAUCUUCAAGAGCUUCUUUUCUCCACAAAAUUAAAGGUUCUUGUGAGGAAAACCAAGGUGCUGAAGCUGCACAGUUGUGCUCUCAAGUUGUAUGUUCAAACUUGUCACUUGUGGAUCCUCUUUGUUCCAUUGUUCCAUGUAGUAUAUCUUUCAACGAAGGCCCCCCUAGUCAGGCCCCUGAAUGCAUACAGAGUAAAGGGGAUAAAGAAUUGAUCAGCACCAAAGAAUUUCCAUCAAAGCAAGAUCUGGAGGGAGAAGCUGGUCCAUCUUGCACACCAGUAUCUAAUAUUCUGCUCAGGCGAAGGAAAUACAGUUCUCUCAGACCUUUUAGCACAAUAGCACCCAGACCAUAUGUAUCAAAAAGUACUGAACCUCAUAAUGAUGUUGAUGAGGCAGUUUGUCAGCAGGGAAGUUUUGCAGCAGUAACUUUAAAUAAAAAGAUACGACGUGUGCAAGCCUCUAAAGUAUGUGUAGAAAAUAAUUUUGAAGCUGGAAAUUUGCACGAAUUUUCUAAGGUUCUAAAGAAUCCAUCUUAUGCUCAGGGGGUCAGUGAGCAUCAAAACAGUAUGAAGAGUCUUAAAAGAAAGAAAGCCCAAUUUUCAGAAGCUAAAAUUAGUACCAGGAAAACCAAGAAUAUUAGAAGGACGCAGACUAAAUCUCGAUUCAGCUGGUCAGAUAGCAGACUCAUUGACACAAUCGAACCCAGGGAGUACAUUGAUAAUAAAGAAGCCCUAUUUCAUGGACUGGAUUUUUUGUUGACUGGAUUUCAGAGUCACAAGGAAAAGGAAAUUGAGCCAUUGAUCCGAAAAUUUGGAGGCUAUGUUCUUUCUAGAGUGCCAUCCUGUCCACUUGAUAAAAGAAGCAAGCUGGCAGAGCUUGCUAGGUGCAAGCCUCCCAUUGUUCUUUCUCCUAAAAAGGUAUCAACGGCUAAGUUCUUAUAUGGCUGUGCUAUCAACUCCUGGAUUUUGAAUCCCAGUUGGCUUUUUGAUUCUAUUCAAGCUGGUGUCAUGUUGCCACCUGGAAAGUAUUUUAUUCGACAAGUGCAUUCAAUGCAGGGUAUUUCAAUGUUUGACCAGUCACUGCACCUAAGAAAGAAUACAUUGUUAUUUGAUGGGGUAGGAUUCUUAAUCCUUGGAAAAAUCAGCUUCUGUUCCAAAUUUUCCAACGUUAUCAAGCAUGGAGGUGGCCAAGUUUUUGCAUCUCUUCAGGGAUUAGUUCAAAGCUUGAAGGAUAGAAGCUCUUCACAUGGAAUCAUUCUCGUAGCAAGUGAGGCGAGCGCAUCACGCCAUCUAAGCUAUUGUGGGCUUGAGCAUGACAUAAAAACAGCGGUUCGUUGAAUUUUGAAUCCGGCGAGCUGGGUCAUUGGCAGUCUAUAUUCUGGUAAACUGAUUCCUCUGAAGAAAGAUCGAUGUGCCUCAUUCCGCAAAAUCAAGAUGCCAUCAUUCCAACAACCGCAAGCAUUUGACAUGAGCCAAGAAAUUUGAUGAUUCAGAUCUGUUGCUUAGCUACCAUCACAUAAGAAACUGACCAAUUCUUACUGAUACAUACUUACCAGGGAUCCAGUAUCCUCUUUCUGCAACAGUUUUCAAGAGCAUGUGUGAUAAUGGGACUCAUCUGUGGUGCGCUCAUGCUGAUGCUUAUCGCUGGCAACCUUUGGAGUGUGGAGUGCCAUAUAUCCAUUUUUCUCUUUCCAAAUACCAAAAGGCGACUGAUGUCAAAGCAUCUCGAGAAAUAUAUGGUUGACUGCUAACUUGAAAUAUGCCAGGUCAUGUUUCACUUGAAAUAUAUCCAUACUGUCUCUUUCACUGGGGAAUGUUGUUCAUUUCUGAAGAUCAUGUUAUUCUGGGGAGUGUUGUUCGUUUCUGAAGACGUGAAGAUCAUGAUAUUGUUGUAAAUGCAACAGUUUUUCUCAUUCGUACACUUGGCCCGGAAAAAAAAAUCAUGAUAUUCAGGGUAGAGAAUGUUUCUGUUUGUUGUCUGUUGUAAUUUGUAAAUACGGAUACCUGAGAAAACACACCUCUCACUUGCAAUAUCGAGUGAUUCGCAUAUCUAUCAUGCCAUCAAAAUUGGAAGGCAUCGAUUAUAGUGUUUUUAA